GUGCUGUAAAAGCUUAAAUCUAUGCUGGUAAUAUAAUUUUCAGUAAAACAACAGUCUGGUUUUGUAGCUUUCCAUAAACAAGCCAGAUCUUUGCACAUUAUUUGAUAAAGUUUGAAGAUUUAAAGGUCCUUUAUUCCCUGAAACAGAUUGUUGUGAAGAUGUCAAAAUGUUAUUACUUCAUCAAAAACUUACCUGGAGUUGUGUUUUGUUUCAUUCACACGUUUGAGUAGUCGAGCAUUAUUGAUCUGUCUACAUCUCUCAAACUUAAAAUGCUCUUUUCCACCUUCUGCUGCUGGUAGUUUUCAGUAGAGAUUGGCUAUUCCAGGGCUGAAAUUAUCCAAAAUGAUUCUAGUAAAGGUGUUUGGAGUUUAAAAACAGAGCAUUUCUGUAUCACCGCGUGACAUCACAAGGUGGAAUAGAGUGUUUUCUGUUAGAGAGAAAAACUGAAACAGCCUAAACAUGCAGGGUUUGUGUGUUAACAUGUGUAAAUGAAACAAAACACAGCCUCAAGUAUUUUUUUAAUGAUGAAACAACAUGAAAACUAAGGCUGGGUAUCAUUAAGAAGUUGCCGAUACGAUACAUACCUCGAUACAUUGCAUUUUCGAUUCGAUACGAUAUAUUUCAAAUCAAUGUGACACAGUUCAAUAAUAAAUAAUAGCUAAAUCAUGGCUGUGAUUCUAAAAGUCUUUGUUAAACCACUUUUUGUGCAAAGUUAAUAUGAAACACAAACAUUUUAAUCAUCAAAACAGUGAAAAUAUUGCAAAUGUGUCGCAUAAACGAGUUUUCUUCCACUAAAAAAGCAACAAAACUGUAGCGCUGUACCAAAAUAAUUCAGUAAAAUAUACCAAAAAACACUCUUGGCGAUAUAUCGAUACAACAGCCCACGAUAUCAAUACUGUAUCAUCACAUAAAACGAUACGAUAAAUCGAUAUUUCAAUAUUUUUGCACAUUCCUAAUUAUAACAGUGUAAUAUGGGCACUUUAAAGAUGCAACAAUUGAAGAAUAUCCACGUUGUUGUUGCGUCCUUGGGCAAGACACUUCAGAGAGAGGCCAGUGGCGCAAAACGGCAGCCACAUCUUACGCGACUCUUCCAAAGUAUGACAAGAAGCGUAUGAAAUGCACACGUUUUUAAUUUGGCCCCCAAAAAAAAAAAAAAUAAAUAAACACGGGGGGGAUGCACGGGGUGAGCUGCUUGUGCAGAGAGCCUGGCUUCGUAGCUCUCCACUUGGGCGCUGCUGCUCGCCUCCUCGCUGCGGGUUGGAGAGGCUUCGGGCUUCGCUUCGGCUCCACAACCCAACCCCAACUUGACUGGAGCGAAAAACAUGGCUGCGGCCGAGCGUGCUGCAAAUUUACGGAAGUGAGGUGCCGGGUCGUGCCGCAGAGACACAGCUCCAGGAUGUGGAGGCAGUAGCAGCGCCGUAUUAUGGCCGCGUCCAGAUCCUCGCGUGUCACCAGGUCAUCCGUGGGGCUCAAUGGACUGGACGAAAACUUCUGUGGCCGAACGCUCAGGAACCGAAGCAUCGCUCAGCCGGAGGAGAGUACCGUGUCUCCUCCUCCUCCGCGGGCCCGAUCGCCUAAGAAGAGACAGGACAAACAAGAGGGCAAAUCCGAUGCCAAAACGCAAGAGGAGAGCAAGCCGGAAGCCAGAUCGGACGCUAAGCCGGACAUUGAGCGAGAGGCGGAGGAGUCGGAUAAAGUAGCGGACUCGAAUAGCUCCUCUGAGGGGGAGCAGUGGAGCGCGUCGAGAAAACGGGGCGCAACGUGUUUGGAGAAAGAUAGCGAUACGAAUAAUAAAUCUGAGAACUGUGAAAAAGCUGCGAGUCGCGAAAAUUCUCCGCAGAUCAAAAGGGCCAGAAGGUCCUCGCGAUCGGCCGACACUCAGGGACACGAAGAGGAGCAGACGGUCCCGAAAGCGAAAGAAAAUAUAUCGGAAACAAACGCAGAUAGCAACGGCGAGGAUUUGAGUAUUUCUGAUAGUAGUAAAGAGAUAAUUAAAGAGAUAGAAGAGGAGGAGACACGGGAUGGAGAAGUGGAGUGUGACGGGGCGAAUUCUUACAAAGCCUCGAAUGGACUUAAAAACCAGGACGAAACCAGCACGGAGUCGAGCACGAACUGUUUGCUCAAUGGCGCCCAAUCUAGUGGCGAGACGGCAACAUCGACAGCGCCCUCUCCUGACCGCUCUGUGCCUUGUUCCAAUUCAAACGUGGGAAGCCAAAAUCAAAUCGAGGAGUUUAUCGUAGCAAAAGAGCAAGAGGUGUCGGAAGUGGAGGAAGUGGACGUUCUGAGCGACCAUUUGUGCUUGGCGAGAGAGGAGCAGGUAGUCGAAAGCAAUGGGCAGACGAGCUUAACGCCACCGAGGCAGGACGUUUCCUCUCCCAUUAUGAACAAUAGCCCAAUUAUUAACCAUAGCAACUCAGGUGAAGCCACGCCCAAUCCUUCUCCCCCUCCGGAACCCAUCGAGUGCAACUCUACUUUUUCGGAGCUAUACGAACACAGGUACACGCUGCGGACUCCACCCAAAAAAGCAGCGACAAAUGGGGGGAAAGUGUCGCCAAGUUUGCCCUCGUGUCCCUCUCCUCCUCCCGUUAUAGACAAUGGGCCAACUACAGAGAUAAGGGAAGAAGGAGAGGUGGUGGUCGAGGAUGUCCCAAUGGCGGAAAAUACUGAAGAAAUCUGUGAACUCGGGGCGUCCGAAGAGACACAAGACGGCAUGAGCGGUGGGGAGCCUACGGAGGAUUUAACCACCAAACAGGAGACGUGUAGUACAGAGGAGCUCAUGUUGAAAACUACUGCUGCUGCUGCUGCUGCCGCCGCCGCUGCUGUUGCUGCUGAGGACGAGGAGUACGAGGAGGAGGAGGAGCCGGAUGUCUACUACUUUGAGUCCGACCACCUGGCUCUCAAACAUAACAAAGAUUACCAGAGGCUGCUGCAGACCAUCGGGGUCCUGGAGGCUCAGAGGACUCAGGCCAUUGUGGACCUGGAGACUCUGUCCAGACACCAGAGAGACGCACUGCACGACCCCAUCAGCUUUGUGGAGCAGCUGCAAAAACAGGUGAAUCUUGGCCUCCCGUGCCCGCAGAGGGUGGUGCAGCUGCCGGAUAUCUCGUGGGAACAGUACACUUCAGGUUUAGGAGAUUUUGAGAGAGAGUUCUGUGACAAGAAACGAAAAACCAGAAGACUCAAGCUAAUAUUUGACAAAGGUUUACCUCUACGCCCCAAAAGUCCCGUUGAGCCCAAAAAAGAGGGCGAGUGCUCCAGCAUGUAUUCAUCCUUACCCACGAGUGACGGUCCAGAGAACAGCAGGCAGACUCAGAUGAUCAGGGGGAGAAUCUGUCACCCAAAUAAACCUGAUACGUUUAACCAGCUCUGGACCGUGGAGGAGCAGAAGAAACUGGAGCAGCUCUUGAUGAAGUUUCCCCCGGAGGAAGUGGAGUCCAGGAGGUGGCAGAAGAUCGCGGACGAGCUCGGCAAUCGCACAGCUAAACAGGUUGCCAGCAGAGUCCAGAAGUAUUUCAUCAAACUGACAAAAGCCGGUAUCCCAGUCCCCGGAAGAAUCCCCAACCUCUGCAUGUACACUAAGAAGGCGUCCACUAAGAGGCAGCACCACCUCAACAAACACCUGUACAGACCGUCGACCUUCAUGACUUCAUAUGAGCCUCCGGUUUAUAUGGACGAAGAAGACGAGAGGGCGUCGUACUACGGCAGUGCCCAGGACCCGGCAGCGGAGGAGUCGGAUGAGGAGGUGCCACUGGAGCUGAGGAGUUUGCCCGAGUACAAAGAGCUUCUGGAGCUGAAGAGGUUAAAGAAACAAAAACUACAGGAAAUCCAGGAAGACAAGACCAACGUCAGGCACAUCGGCUUCAAGUGUGACGUGUGUGGCACAGAGCCCAUCCAGGGGGUGAGGUGGCACUGUCAGGACUGUCCCCAAGACAACUCUGUGGACUUCUGCUCCAACUGCUCAGACUGUUUGUACAAGACGGACACUCACAAACCCUCGCACCACUUGGAGCCCGUGUACAGACCUGAGACUUUUCUGGACCGGGACUACUGCCUCCCCCCGAGCGCCGCGGGAUACAACUACCUGGACCCCAACUAUUUCCCCGCCAACAGAUGACAGCGCCCGUAACAAAGACAACCCGAACAACGCGCGCUCUCUCUACCACUAGACACAGAAACCGACCCACUGGCCAAUCUGCGCAUGGCUUCAAACUCCACCAAGUCCACGAUAAAACCGGGACUCAGGUCAAGAACCUGCCAGAACCAGCACUACAACAGGACCGGGGCAAGACGGAGAGAGUGAGAGAGAGUGACGGAGAGGAGGUCCGGUCCGGUUCAACGUUCGGAAACUGGCCCCACGUGACCUAAGCGCCGGGCGGCCGUUUUGGAUCAACAUUUUUAAAAGAAGGCACACAACAUUCCUGAGCGUUGUGACUCCGGGAGGGCACCUGGCAUACUGUUCCCCAUAGUGUCAUACUAUUCUUAUUAUUACCUCCCUUUGCUGCUUUCAAAAAACGGGGGAUUCGUGAAGUACAGCGCCACCCGAUGGAACGCAGAGAAGUCCCGACCAGACGUGGACUGUGAAGCUAAAGAGAAAAAAAAACGCCGGUUCUACCUGUAAUGUUAAUGGUCCCUGUGUUUUUGAUGCCAGAGUGAAAAAUGUCCUAGCUAGGUAUCCGUACAAUGAGUAUUUAUGAAUGGGAAAACAGCGGAGGUUAAAGUAACAGGUGUCGAGGCAGGAGAUCUCGGAUGAUGUGUUUAAGGACACUCGUAAUUUUAAGUGUUGCACCACCAUGUUUUUCUUCCACUGUCACACAGCGCUGCUUCACUCGCCUCGUUUAAGUUGAGCGGGUUUGGUUUGGGACGGGUCAGGGCGGAGGAAGAACGUCCAGGACUGCGACAAAACUUGUUGAAAGUAUCGAAAAUCAGAUAUCGAAACUGGAGCAGGUAUCGAUACUAAAAAAGUCACAUUCGCAGGACAAAAAUGAACAUUCGUGAGUAGUUUUAGAAUGAUCUUGAGCUGUAUCAGAAGAGCACAGAGACUAGUACAUGUUGUAACAAUAAUCGAAAUAAUGUGAUAUCGUAUCUAGGGUUCUAAGAAGUUGCCGAUACAAUACAUACCUCGAUACAUAGGCCACGAUACGAUACAGUCAGCUUUCGGUUCGUUACGAUGUAUUUCAAAUCAAUUCGAUACGGUUAAAUGAAAAGAAAAUGGCAAAUUCAUGACUGUGAUACUAAAAGUCUUUGUUAAACCGCUUCUUGUGCAAAAUUAAUAUGAAACACAAACAUUUUAAUCAUCAAAAACUGUGAAAAUGUCAAAUGUGUCGCAUAAACGAGUUUCCUUCCACUAAACCAGGCAUGUCCAAACUAUGGACCGGGAGCCUAAUGACAAAACUAAUUUUUCUUGGCCCUCAGAGUUCCAGGUGAAUUGGCCCAAAUAACCUUGCAUCAGUUAAAAAGAUUUUUUUUUACUGCAGGUGUUUUGAAAAUCUACCUUGAUGAAUUUAAUAUUUAAUAUUUAGUGUGUGGUUUUAAGGAUCUUAGCAUGAAUAAAGUCUGAUGGCUCAUUCUAACGUGUUAAACAUGCACAUAUUUCAAUUAUUCACUGUAUUGAGCACCAGCCUCUGCUUUAUCUGUGUCUAGAUAUGUGGCCCUUGAUGAAAAAAGUUUGGACUCCCCUGCACUAAACAAGCAACAAAACUGUAGCUCUGUAACAAAAUAAUGUUGUAAAAUAUAAAAAAAAAUACUCCUACAUAAAACGAUACGAUAUAUCGAUAUUUCAAUAUUUUGCACAACCCUAAUCGUAUCGCCAAAACUCUCACAAUAAUAUCACAAUAAUGUCACAAUAUAUUGAAUUACAAGUAUUUAUAAAAGAGGAACUACACGGACCAUGAUCCUCUGCUUCAUUUCAGUGUUGAUUACAUGAUGAAAUCACUAUUAUUAAGCACUUUUAAAUCUUAAUUCAUUGGAUUAUGACUGUAAUAAUUCACACAAUUGAAGUCUUUUCAAGGAAUAUGAAAAGAGAAAAGGAUCGUAUUCACAAUUCUGUUAGCUUCUCCAAAAUGUUUGUAACGUGAGAUGCAUAUCGUGAAUAUAUCGUAACGUGAGAUUUGGAUAUUGUUACAUCCUUAUUAUGGAACCACUGAGGGAUUACACAGAUAUAAGACCACAAAUAUAACAUAUAAAAGAAAGUACUAUGAUUUAAUGCUCUAUUGUCUUAAGAAUCACCGCGGUAUCAGAAUCGGUAUUGAGUAUGACUGUGUAUCAUUAAGAAGUUGUUGAUACGAUACAUACCUCGAUACAUAGGCCACGAUACGAUACAUAUUUCGAGACGGUGAGCUUUCAAUUCAAUACGGUUCAAUUAAAAAUUAAAGACUAAAUGAUGUCUGUGAUACUAAAAGUCUUCGAUAAACCACUUCUUGUGCAAAAUGAAUAUAAAAUACGUCAAUUUUAAUCAUCAAAAACAGUGAAAAUGUCGAGUUUUAUUCCUCUGAACAAGCAACAAAACUGUAGCGCUGUAAGAAAAUAAAUUAGUGAAAUAAACCAAAAAAUACUCUUGGCAAUAGGGGUGUGCAAAAAUAUUGAAAUAUCGAUAUAUCGUAUCCUUUAAUGUGAUGAUACAGUAUCGAUAUCAUGGACUGCUGUAUCGAUAUAUCGCCAAGAGUGUUUUUUGGCAUAUUUUACUAAUUUUUUUUGUUACAGUGCUGCAGUUUUGUUGCUUGUUUAGAGAUUUUCACUGUUUUGAGGUUUAAAAUGUUUGUGUUUCAUAUAAUUUUUCACAAGAAGUGGUUUAACAAAGACUUUUAGUGUCACAGCCAUGAUUUAACCUUUAUUUUUUAUUGAACCGUAUCGGAUGUUUUGAUGAUUUGAAAUAUAUCGUAUGGAACCGAAAUCUCACUGUAUCAAGGUAUGUAUCGUAUCGAGGCCUUUGUAUCGUAUCGGCAACUUCUUAAUGAUACGCAGCCCUGCUUGGCGAUAUAUCGAUGCAGCAGCCCGCAAUAUCGAUACUGUAUCAUCAUUAAACGAUACGAUAAUACUAGAGGUGUGCAAAAAAAUCGAAAUAAAAUCAAGUAUCGAGCCUGUUCCUUAGUAUCGUGACAAGAGUAAAAGUAAGUAUAGUUAUUACAAUCCGUUAUCAGAUAUUUUUGUUAUUUUUAUCUUAAUAAUCACUCAAUAAAACUGUUCAUUUCCCCGUACUGUUCUGAUCUGACCCGAACCAAACCCGACUUACCUUGACCAGGCUUAAUUUAUCUACUUUUUCUGUUCAUUCUCCACUAAACACUACAGCGUGGAGGCUCCAUCAAACUGGGAACGCAUUUUGGAAUUAAUUUGACGAUUUUCUAAUUUCGCCCCUCUAAUGUUUGCUGUUGUUGAUCAUGUUUCGUGUUCAGAGUUAAAUGGUGAAACGUAGCCAGCGCUAAUUACCGUGUGUGCCAUUUUUAACCAACUAGUCUCGUUUAUUUCCCAGCACAUUGAACACAACUUUCUGUAUCAUCGUCCUCCUAUUAAACACCAUUACUGCUCUAGACAUAAUUUGAAAAAAGAUUGUAUUUUUAUGAGUCUAUUUAAAAAGAUUUGCGGUUGUGAUCGAUGCCUCCCGCGCAGUUUUAUUCACAUGCUUUUGUUGUGCUUGGAUAGUCACCAUAUUGUAAGGUCUCUGUUCCUUCACCCCCCAUCGCCCCCUGGCUUCAGUAUCUGUGUAUAACAGUCUGUUCUUAUGUACAAAAAUGAUAAUGUAAAAAAAGCUAGAGGAGAAUCGUGGAAAUAAAAGUAUGUGAAAAUAGUGUUUCUACA